AUGAAGUUCAAUCUUUACCUCGGCGCUCUGGCCGCUGAGUUGGCCACCGCCGCCACUCUCCCCCGAGUUCGAUUCCCGCGCGGAGCCGGUAGAAUCAGAGGAAGACAGAGCGCCGUCACCACUCCUGGAGCGUCCGGUACGCUUUCAGAAUCUGUACAGAUGACGACCUCGACCAUCUACACCACCUCCGUACAGACCAUCACCUCUUGCGCGCCCGAGGUGACGUCGUGUCCCGGAGGAGGAGGUCCUAUCCUCACCACUGUCACUAUCCCAGUCUCUACUACUGUCUGUCCAGUCUCGGAGGUCGGCUCUUCGGUCGACCUGCCUCCUACUUCUGAGGUUGUUCUGCCUACUACCACCGAGGCCGCUCUGCCUUCUACUUCCACUAUCGUUUCGUCAAUCGCUUCGACCCCAGCCUCAGACAUCCCUCAAUCGGAUACUUUGGUCCCUUCCAGCUCCCCAGCCUCGGAUGUUCCUCAUUCAGAUACAUUAGUUCCUUCCAGCUCUCACGUCCCCGACUCGUCGGUGGUCGCCACUCCUACGUCACAGCAGAUGACAACCUCCACCAUCUUUGCUACGUCUACUUAUACUGUGACUUCUUGUGCUCCCGACGUUCCGGACUGCCCUGCUGGCUCCACCGUUCUGGUCACAGAGACGAUUCCUGUCUCCACUACCAUCUGCCCGGUCACGGAGAGUGUCUCCGGUACUGGAGCUCCUUCUGGAGAUUCUUCUGUUGUCCCUACAGGUGCUCCCAGCACAGAGCCUGGCCCUGGGUCGUCUACUGAGCAGCCACUACCAUCGACCACUCCUGGACCAGACACUUCAUCUGUGCCCAUUACACCUUCCCAGUCAUACCCGCCUGAGAGUUUGACUACUUCCACAAUCUUUGCCACAUCCACCUAUACUGUCACUUCUUGCGCACCGGAGGUUACGAAUUGCCCUGCUCAUUCGACUGUGCUUGUGACCGAGACAAUCCCCAUCUCUACAACUGUUUGCCCGAUUACUGAGUUGCCCUCCGGAACUGCAAUCCCAUCUGGUGAUUCUUCCGUGCUCUCGUCGGCAAGUGAGACUGGACCAGUUCCAACUCCCACCAGCGGCGAGUCUGGUCCUGGAUCUAGCUCAUUGACCCAUCCUCCUGAGAGCUUGACAACCUCUACCAUUUUUGCCACAUCCACCUAUACAGUUACUUCGUGUGCUCCUGAAGUCCCAAGCUGUCCAGCUAGCUCAACUGUGGUUGUGACUGAGACCAUCCCUAUCUCCACAACCGUCUGCCCAAUUACUGAGGUGCCUUCUGGAACUGCCGUCCCCUCUGGUGGCUCUUCUGCUUUGCCCGUGCCCUCAGGAACAGAGAGCGGCCCGGUGCCAACUCCCACCAGCGAACCUGCUCCCGGAUCCAGCUCUUUGACUUACCCUCCUGAGAGCCUGACCACCUCCACGAUCUUCGCCACCUCCACCUACACCGUGACUUCGUGUGCUCCUGAAGUCCCAAGCUGUCCAGCUAGCUCAACUGUGGUCGUGACAGAGACAAUUCCCAUUUCUACCACUGUUUGUCCCAUCACAGAGACAGCAACUGGCUCUGUAUCCUCGACUGAGGGCGCAAACCCAACGGGUUCCACAGUUUCGACGUCUGGACCUGAGCCAUCUACCUCUGCCUCUCUCCCAGGCUCAAGCUCCGGUGGCUCUCCUGUCUCUACCCCAGAGCCCACUAGUGUUCCUGGUUCUACUACCAUUCCUGCCCCUGGAACUACUACCGACGUCUCUGGUCCUACCACUGCCCCAGGCUCGACGAUAACUUCAUACCCUCCAGAGAGUCUGACUACCUCAACUAUCUUCUCUACAUCUACAUACACAGUGACUUCAUGUGCUCCCGACGUUCCAGACUGCCCUGCUGGCUCAACAGUGAUUGUCACCGAGACCAUCCCGGUUUCCACCACCGUGUGCCCUAUCACCACAACCGCAUCGCACGAGGGACCUGGAAGCACCGCUCCCCAGCCAACUGGCACCAGCCCCCAGCCAUCCUCAUCUGGAGUCCCGGGUCCAUCUUCAUCCAAACUGCCCGUCCCGUCUUCGUCUGGCGCACCCGGUCCAUCCUCCUCCCAGAUUCCCACUUCCGGGGAGCCAGUCCCAACGACUACCGUCGGUGGCACUACUUCCAAUGGGUCUCCCGGAGGGCCAUCCUCCACUGGGCCAGUUACACAACCAACCGAGAGCUUGACCACUUCCACCAUCUUCUCAACCUCUACUCGCACGGUCACUGAUUGCGGUCCGGAUAAGCCAAGCUGCACCGAUGGAACAACCACCAUCGUUACCGAGACAAUCCCUGUCUCUACCACUGUCUGUCCAAUUACCACAACUCCAUCGCAUGAUGGACCAAGCAGCACUGAUUCAGGGACAACCCAGCCCCCUGUGACAUCCGCCACUGGGUCAGAGUCCCCAGAGAAGCCCACCACAUCUUCUCACCCCCCAGAUGUCACUCAGUCUACGCUCACUGCGCCAGUGACAACCACCUGGUCCAGCACAUCUACAGUCUUCUCUACUUCAUACCAGACCGUCACUAGCUGCGGUGCUGAGGUUACCAACUGCCCCAAUGGCGGCACUACCACUGUUGUGACACACACCAUCCCCGUCUCAACCACCAUCUGCCCGAUUACCGAGACAGUUGUGCCAACAACUCAUCCCACCGGCGGACAGUCAUCACAUGUCCCAGGCGCCAGCUCAUCUACCUCCAUCCCCAGAGAGCCAUCCGUCUCUACGAUCCCCGGACAGCCUAGCGAUGUCACCUCUGUCAUCCACUCUACCAUCAACGGUACCCCCACCACCGUCCUCAUCUCCAUCUCCUCGGGCCCCUCCUCCGGAGCCCCUGCUCCCUCAAGCACAGGUCACGGCAGCGACGACACCCCGUCUACCGUCCACUCCACGGGCCGCACGACCAUUGGAGUCACCUCCUCCAACUCCCCGGUAACCCAGUCCGGCACCUCAUCCUCCCAGCGCCCUGCCCCUUCGUGUACACCGGGAUCACCCGGCUGCUCCGCCGUGACAUCCUACUCCUCUUGUGUCCCCGGAUCGGCCAACUGCCCCUCCGCUGGCACGACUCUACGCUCGUCGACGCACACCCCCGGACAGAUUCCCAGCGUCACCUUCUCGCAACCUGCUACCCUGCCCACCACCGCCGCUGCAGGACGGUUCGUCGGUGGUUGGAAGGUGGCGGUUGGCGUUUCCUUAUUUGCCGUCUUCUUAAUAUGA